ACACAGUACUUUCUAAAAAGACAACAAUUCUUCUGGCGAGCGGACGUGUCAGCGGAGAAAAAGCUUUUUUACAGAACAGAGCGGAAGAACAGAGAAGAGAACAAAACGUUACGGACAGCGGGGAAAGGUGGCAAUUGAAAGAAAGUGCCAUACAGAGUGUGCAAGCGAGAGAGAGAGCAACCUGGGUAUUGCCUGUGUGUGUGUAGUAGUUUAGUGUGCGUGUUGUGUGGGAGUUUGUGUACGAAGCAAGUGUCAAGGAAAAACAAAACAAACAUUAUUCCAAGGAAAUUUCCAGUCAUGUCGGUGGAAUCCUCCAGCUCGGCGGUCCAACAACCGCCGUCGUCCUCGAACUUACCGCUCCUGGGCGACAACCAGGUGGUGGCCACGACCAGUUCCGCCUCCUCGGCCUCUUCCUCAUCAUCGUCGUCCUCCUCGUCGGGAGGCGGCGGCAAUGUGGUGGGCGUGCCGCUGGACACGCAGAGCAGCGGAGAGCCGCCGGCCAAGAAACAGUUGUUGGACGGAGGGGGCGGGGGUGCCACCAGCAGCAGCGGCAGCAGUUUGCUUUCCAGUGCCGCAGCCGCCUCAGGAAUGCACGAAAAGUUGGCCCACCGCAUCUCCAAUGCCCUGUGCUGCGCCGUCUGUCUGGACUUGCCCAAGACAGCCAUGUACCAGUGCCAGAUGGGCCAUCUGAUGUGCGCCGCCUGUUUCACGCAUCUGCUGGCGGAUGGACGCUUGCGCGAUCAGAUUGCCACUUGCCCCAAUUGCCGCGUGGAGAUUUCCAAGAGCACCGCCUCCCGCAACUUGGCCGUGGAGAAGGCUGCCUCAGAAUUGCCCAGCGAGUGCCAAUUCUGCAACAAGGAGUUCCCAUACAAAUCACUCGAACGCCAUGAACAACACGAGUGCCAGGAGCGCCCGACCAAAUGCAAAUAUCAUCGCAUUGGCUGCCAAUGGCGUGGACCCUUCCACGAGACCAACGAGCAUGAGCGCAACUGCUUGCAUCCCCAGAAGUCUGGAUACGAGGUAAUGGCGGCCCUGGAGGCCCACGAUGAAAGGAUCAAGGAGGAGAAGAAGAUGUUCAACACCCUGAUUGACUUGCUUAGCUACGAAAAGAUCAUAUUCAAUGAUCUGCAAAUGAAACCGUACCGCACGGACGAGUACGUACACAAGCUCUUUUACGAGACGGCCCGCUUCUCGGCCUUCAAUCAGCAGUGGGUGGUUAAGGCGCGCAUCAAUAACAGCCAGCGCGAUCCGCAUCAGUCCAACGAGCGGACCAUCACCUAUCAGCUGAUACUCAAGACCAAGACCAGCACGCCCAUGAGCAUACAUUUCUUUGCGCUAAAGGGUCCGUUCUCGGAUAUGAAAGUUUCAACACAGAUAUACAAACACGAAUUCACCGAGACGAGUACCGAAAGCGAGUACUAUGUCUUGCCAUUGCCAGAUGGAAUCGGGGGUAGCGGCUCAAGCGAAUGCAACCGUAUGCUGGCCAACAAAGGCAUUAACUUCCGCCUGCUCAUGUUUCUGCUGAACAAGUAAACGCGUUCGCUGCGCAGCGGAUAAAGAUUUUCAAAUUAGCUUAAGUUUGUUGUUUCAAACUCUUGAAUGUGCAAAACCUAGACAUAGUUGACUUAUAUUUUCUAUCAAUGUAUAUGUAAAACUUCGAAACGGAAACCACGAGCCUAGCCUAACAGAGAACCGCUUCCCGAUAACCCACAACCCGUUCACAGAAUCGUCGUAACAUAUUUCAAUCAAGUUCAAGAUCAUGCAGACGUAACGCGGUAGGUUGUAACCUAAGUAUAGUGUAGAUUCGCCUACAUUUUGUACAUGAGAUAGCCCCAUUUUAUGGAGACACUUUUCAAUAGCAAUGUUAACUUAACUGUUAGUGCUGGUGGCGAAAUGGAUACGAUCGAUGGACAAGACGGCAGAUGUGUGUUUGACUAGCGUUUAAUGAUCUCACAGGAAGGAGCCAGCCCACGCUAACCCGAUAAUACCGAAAAUAACCAUAAAAUAGCUGUAGAUUAACUUUUUGGACGCAAGGACCACGAGUCCACGGCUCCGUUUUCACUGUAAGAAGAACAACACCAAGUUGAAAUUCGAACUCUAAGCAGGCGCAUAUAAAGCGCUCUAUGAUUAUAACGUUGCUAUAGAUACUACGAUCACAUAGCCCGGGCCGAAGAAAACAAAAAUCCCCCCCAAAACAAAAAAGUCGAGUCCUCACGUUCAAAUCUUGUCUAAUCCUCGUUCUGUUGACCAUCUUACGAUUUAAUGCUUACAACUUACAUUCGUACAUGUAAUAUUUAUAUGCAUCGUUAAAUGAUAACUAUACCUAAUGCAUAUAUAAUAAAGAUACUUCUUAAUAAACAAAA